AUGUCUAUUCUUCCCUCUUUAGGGCUUGCUAUAUGCAUCGGUGCCAUGGGCUCUCUUGUCGCAGCUGGUCCAUGUGACAUCUACGGCUCUGGUAAUACACCUUGCGUCGCAGCCCACAGCACCACUCGCGCUCUAUAUGAUUCUUAUAGUGGUCCACUCUACCAAGUCUCGCGGGCUUCCGACGGCACCACAGCUGACAUUACACCUUUGUCUGCCGGCUCAGUGGCCGAUGCUGCUGCUCAAGACAGCUUCUGUGGAGGCACUAGCUGCAGCAUUACUAUCAUUUACGACCAGUCCGGCAAUGCCAAUCACCUCACUCAAGCUCCUGGAGGAAGUGCAGCACCUGGCCCGGACAAACUGGCUAGCGCAACCGGAGCUCCUAUUACCCUCAACGGACAAAAGGCUUACGGUGUCCAGAUCCAGCCGGGCAUGGGAUAUCGCUGUGAUACCGCUGUAGGUACAGCCUCUGGUGAUGCAGCAGAGGGCAUGUAUGCUGUUCUUGAUGGAACAGAUUAUAAUGGUGCAUGCUGCUUCGACUACGGCAAUGCAGAGACAAACAAUACCGACAAUGGUGACGCCCAUAUGGAGGCUAUCUAUUUUGGACUUGGUACUGGAUAUGGCACUGGCGCUGGAAGUGGUCCCUGGAUAUUGGCUGACCUUGAGAAUGGUCUAUCCGCCGGAAGCAAUUUCGAUGUGACAUCAACAAACCCGUCAAUCUCCUGGCGUUUUGUCACGGCUAUCGUUAAAGGGGAGCCAAACCAAUGGUCAAUCCGCGGUGGCAAUGCUGCCUCUGGUUCACUUGGAACAUACUGGAGUGGAGCCUACCCAACUGGUUAUAGCCCAAUGAAGAAGGAGGGUGCCAUUAUUCUAGGUAUUGGUGGUGACAACAGCAAUGGUGCCCAGGGAACAUUUUAUGAAGGUGUUAUGACUUCAGGCUAUCCAUCAGAUGCUACCGAGAAUUCGGUACAGGCCGACAUUGUGGCCGCCAAAUACGCUACCAGCUCCUAA